AUGUCCGAGGCAGGAUUUAGAAUAUAUGUUCGGCUGGCUAACGGUACUGCAGCGGAGCAUAGUAAUUAUGUCUACACUCUCAGCUCAGAGCUAUCCAUAUCCCCUACCACCACGGCGGCUAUGGCAGUCUUCAAGCCAGGACAGCCCAUCGACCCUACCGUUCCUCUCUAUUCACAGAUCCAGGUCCUCACACUGCCUGGAUUUGCCUCCUUAAACAAUUCAACCACCCCACAGGGCCCGCCGAUUUCACCGUAUGAGAUCAUAUACUCCUUUGUCCAUCAUGGUCUAUCACCGUACUACGAAGCGUGCACGCGUGGGCAUGAUGGUGCUCAAGGGUCCAAGGGGAGGAAUGACACCGAUCCUAAGACCGGAGAGGUUCGUGCGAAGCAGAAGUUUGCAGAGCUUGAACUUGCUCUAUCACAUUUGCAGCAGAACAUCGAGAUACCUGCGCUUAACCUUCCGUUGCAUGAAAUUGUGCAGGCAGCUCUGGAUGAAGCUCAAAGUCGGGGUAUCGAACCGUCGGUCGAGCUAGUGCCUGCAGCAGUCUUGGAUAACCAUGCAGUUAUAAAUAGUAUACAGAAUAAUGUGAAUGGAUGGAUAAAGUCGAUUCAAGCGAUUACGAAAAUGUCUCGAGACCCUGAUAAUGGAUCUGCGGUUCAAGAGAUCAAUUUCUGGUUAUCCAUGGAGACUGCACUCGAAGGCAUUGAGACUGCACUACGAGAUGCUGGAGUGCAACUUACUAUGGACGUUCUUCGACAUGCAAAGCGGUUUUCUACCACUCUCAGUUUCUCCGCCGAUACUGGAUUGAAGGAGGCGAUGGAAACCGUACAGAAGUAUAACCAGCUACUCCGUGAUUUCCCUCUCGAUGAACUGGAGUCUGCAACCUCCCUUCAGAAGGUCCAAGAAGCCCUGAAUCUCAUAUUCUCGCAUUUGAACAAGAAACUGCGUAUUUGUCCAUACCCAAUAAAACGUGCACUAUCUCUUGUUGCAGCAAUUUCUGGAGAUCUGGACUUGACUAUUCAUAAGCUGAUACCGGGACGGAGUAUCAUGCACUAUGACUACACUGAGUUCCACUCACUUAUGCGUGCUGCUCAGAUUGUCUGGAGAACCUGGGACGAGAAUAUCAAAGAAUUUACCAACGUCGCUCGAGAUGCCAUGAGGAGGCGCAACGAGAAAUUUAUCCCGAUCAAGGUUAAACCAAAACACGCAGAAACCCAGGACCGACUUAAGUUUAUUAACACCUUCCGCACGAACCAUGAGCAGCUUCAGCGAACUAUCAUCAGUGUUCUCGGCACGAAAUCUAACCAGGGGGGCGCAUCUCUGUCUGCCGGAGCGGAUAACUCGACUGCCUUGGAAGAAUUUGGUGACGUUGACGCUGUAGAGCAAGUCACCCAGGCAUAUAAUGCUCUCAAGGAUGUAGAUGUUCUUGACGUCAGUCCUGAAGGAACACAGGCAUGGAUCCAAGCCGAGUCUACCUACAACGAGCGUACUUCUCGUGUCGAAAAUUUGAUGAUUGCUCGGCUCCGUGAUAAGCUUGCCACAGCACAAAAUGCCAAUGAGAAAUUCCGAGUCUUUUCAAAGUUCAACGCGUUGCUGGUUCGACCAAAGAUUAGGAGUGCUAUUGGUGAAUAUCAAACCAAGCUUAUUGAUAAUGUGAAGCAGGAUAUUGCGGCUUUGCAUGAACGGUUUAAGCAGCAGUAUGGACAUUCAGAAGCCCAUGCAAUGGCACAACUCCGAGAUCUACCCCCUGUCUCGGGAGCUAUUAUUUGGGCCCAACAAAUAGAACGACAAUUGGAUGGCUAUAUGCGAAAAGUCGAGGAUGUUCUUGGUGAAGACUGGGAUCUUCAUGCAGAUGGCCAAAAGCUACAGGCCGAGAGCAAUAUGUUCCGCAAGAAAUUAGAUACUCGACCUGUAUUCCAAGCUUGGGUACAGGAUGUCAAACGACGAAAUAUUGCCAUCUCUGGCCGAUUAUUCGUUAUUACUCGAAAUCGCGCUGCUGGAAACUCUCUUGAGUUAGCCGUCAACUUUGAUGCCCAAAUUAUUGCUCUCUUCAAGGAAGUGCGGAAUCUAGUUUGGCUGAACUUCCAAAUUCCACACGCUAUUACUAGCGUUUCGAAAGAAGCCAAACGCGUUUAUCCGUUUGCGAUUAGCUUGAUGGAGAGUGUUCGGACUCUACAUCAAACCAUCAGGGCCAUUGCAUCCAUGUCACAGUCUGCCAUCCUGCUCAAUGGGUAUCAGAAUGAUGUCCAGGCCCUAAUAGUAAAGGGUCUCCCUUUGCGAUGGGAGUCUUUCAUACAUUCUUACGAGAUCCAUGUCAAACAAGGCCUUGCGAAUGGAUCUACAGAUCCUUCUGUCAGUUCCGGUCGUGGUGAGAGCAAGCAUGUUCAAUUUGUCCGUGAAUUUGCAAUUUCUACCUCUGUAUUGCAAUCAAAGACAGCGACCCUGGCCACCAUGGAUGAUAACAUUCAGAAAGCAAUUCUUGCUUUGAAGACCUGCCCUUACGACGUGACUGUAUUCCGUAAUCGCAUUGAUCAGAUUCAGAUUGCGAUCGAUAAACUCAACCUCGAAAACUACGCCAAUCUUGGGUACUGGGUUGCAAACCUCAAUACUAAAAUCGAAACGAUCCUUCAAGAUCGACUUCGGGGUGCUAUUAGACGUUGGAUUGCGUCCUUCCAACAUGCCGGAGAUGAACAAUCUGGAACGGGCCAUACUAUUGAGGCGAUCGGCAACAAAGAGGAGCAAGACACAUCAUAUAUUCAGUUCCCAAAGUCUCUCCACGAAAUUUCCAUGAAAAACCAGGUCAUGCAUCUCGACCCACCGCUGGAGUACGCUAGAGCCUCGUGGUUUGCUCAUUUUGAUGAAUGGGUCGGCAUCCUUUGUAACUUGGAGAAGAUCAAGUCUUCGAGAUACAAAAUGUCAAUCCAUGCUGAUAAUGUUUCUUAUUCUGAAACUCAUUUUUCUGAUAUCCCUCAGUACUGCUCUGAAGAAUUGAGCGAAGUGUACUCACUUAUAGAAGCUCGAUUGGAGGAAAUCUCGGAGUAUGUAGACAAAUGGCUUCAGUUCCAAUCGUUAUGGGACUUGCAAUCAUCCCAUGUUUACGAUAUCCUUGGAGAGGACCUAUCUCAAUGGCUUCAGUUACUGCAUGAAAUUCGCAAAAGCCGUGGUACAUUCGACACAUCCGAGGUUCGCCGUUCAUUUGGAAAUGUUCGCAUCGAUUAUGAGCAAGUCCAGACCAAAGUCAACGCAAAGUACGACCAAUGGCAACGGGAGAUUCUACUUAAAUUUGCAGGAAAACUAGGAGCUCGUAUGCGAGAUGUACAUGCUGAACUUGAAGCGGCUCGACGAGACCUGGAAGGACAGUCACUCGAAGCCUCAUCCACCGCCCAAGCUGUCUCAUUUAUUACAAUUGUUCAGCAAUGCAAGAGAAAAGCAAAACUCUGGGAGCCUGAGAUUGACUUGUUCUUGCAAGGUCAAGCAACGCUUAUCCGACAAAGAUAUCAAGCACCUAGCGACUGGCUUCCUGCUGAUCGAGUUUCUGGAGAGUGGGAUGCUCUCAAUGAGAUCUUGGAGCGCAGAAGCAAAACUGUGCAAGACCAGACAGAUGCUCUUAGAGCUAAAAUAUCUGCGGAAGACAGAGUCAUUAACGAGAAGAUUGCAGAAGCCGUGAGCCAGUGGAAUGAAGAAAAACCUGUUUCAGGAUCAACUCCUCCUGAAGAGGCUUCUGCCACACUUAGCUAUUUCCAGUCGCGUCUCGAGAAGCUACAGUCUGAAUCUGAAAUGGUGUCAAAGGCAAAGGAAGCUCUCGAUCUUCCUAGCAGCCCCGAAACCACACUCGCUGCUAUUCUUGAGGAAGUACAAGAUUUUAUGGCUGUAUGGGCUGCCUUGUCUACAAUCUGGAAGAGCUUGAAUGAAUUGCGCGAUACGCUCUGGAAUAGCAUCCAACCGCGAAAACUUCGUCAGUCCUUGGAUGGAUUGAUCAAAAUGACGAAGGAAAUGCCGAGUCGAAUGCGCCAGUAUGCUGCUUUUGAGCAUAUACAAAAUGUUCUUCGCGGCUUCUUAAAAGUCAACCCAUUGCUUGCAGACAUGAAAUCCGAGGCUGUCAGGGAGCGUCAUUGGCAAAAGAUCUUCAAGGCCCUUAAGCCAGGAAAGCGUUUCUCACAGAUAUCAAUGACCCUAGGAGACGUCUGGGAUCUUCAACUUGGACCCAGUGAGUCUGUUAUUCGUGACAUUAUUACACAAGCUCAGGGAGAGAUGGCAUUGGAGGAAUUUUUGCGAAGCGUUCGUGAAACCUGGCAAAGCUAUACCUUGGACUUGGUGAACUACCAAAACAAGUGUCGCUUGAUACGUGGGUUUGAUGAUCUUUUUGCGAAGUGUAGUGAAAAUCUGAACUCUCUCCAGGCAAUGAGACAUUCUCCAUAUUACAAGGAAUUCGAAGAAGAGGCUACGACUUGGGAGGACAAACUCACCAGGGUACAUGUCCUAUUUGACGUUUGGAUCGAUGUCCAAAGACAAUGGGUUUACCUAGAAGGAGUAUUUACUGGGAAUGCCGAUAUCAAGCAUCUCCUUCCCCUUGAGUCUGGAAGGUUCCAAAAUAUCAACUCUGAGUUCUUCGCAGUCAUGAAAAAGGUCUACAAGUCCCCUUUGGUACUAGAUAUCCUCGCCAUUACUGGUGUCCAGAAGUCGCUUGAAAGACUCGCAGAACUGCUCCACAAGAUUCAAAAGGCACUGGGUGAAUACCUCGAAAAGGAACGUGUAUCGUUCCCACGCUUCUAUUUCGUUGGAGAUGAAGAUCUCCUUGAGAUAAUUGGUAAUAGCAAUGAUACCCUCCGAGUUGCAAAACAUUUCAAGAAGAUGUUCGCUGGACUUUCGGGUCUUCUCAUCGACGAUGAUGGUAAUAUCAUUGGCGUUAGCUCCAAGGAAGGGGAGGAAGUUAUACUGAAGCGUGAAGUGUCGCUAGUGAAAACGCCUCGUAUCAACGAUUGGCUUACUGCACUAGACAACAACGUCAAAUUGACGCUGGCGGAGCUUUUGACAGAGGCAAUUGAGCAAUUUGAACCCAUCUAUAGCGCUUCAGAAGUUGACUCCACCGCUUUCCAGGACUACAUCGCAAACUACCCAGCUCAAAUUGUGGUCUUGGGCAGUCAAGUUGUUUGGACCAAUGCUGUUCAAAGAGCCCUCGAAGCCGGAGGUGAUGGAUUAUCAGCAUUGUAUGACGCGGAAGUGAGGGUCCUCGAUAUACUUGCUCUCACCGUCCUUGGUGACCUAGAUCCGAUUACGCGCAAGAAGUGUGAACAUUUAAUUACCGAAUUCGUUCAUCAAAGAGAUGCUAUAGCAAAACUCAUGAGUGUCAACGCCUCCUUGCCAACCCACUACCUGUGGCUCCUGCAAAUGCGAUAUGUCUACCAGCCAACUGGAGAUUUCUUACAGCGACUCUAUAUCCAUAUGGCGAACGCAAAACUAAGUUAUGGCUUUGAGUACCUAGGUGUUCCAGAACGCCUCGUCCGCACACCGCUUACAGACCGGUGUUUCCUGACCCUUACACAAGCACUGUGCCAAAGAUUAGGUGGGUCUCCGUAUGGUCCAGCAGGAACUGGUAAGACGGAAUCCGUGAAAGCACUUGGUUUGCAGCUUGGUCGGUUUACUCUUGUGUUCUGUUGUGACGACACCUUUGAUUUCCAGGCAAUGGGCAGAAUCUUCCUUGGUAUCUGCCAGGUGGGCGCCUGGGGCUGUUUCGACGAGUUCAAUCGUCUUGAAGAACGAAUACUAUCCGCAGUCUCACAACAGAUCCAAAACAUCCAGAUUGGCUUGAAGAAUAGUGAAGACGAAACGAAAGCUCAGAUUGAUCUUGUUGGGCGGCAAUUACGAGUCAACAUGAACACCGGAAUUUUCAUUACUAUGAACCCUGGAUAUGCUGGCCGUUCAAACUUGCCAGAUAACUUGAAGAAACUCUUCCGAAGUGUUGCCAUGUCAAAGCCUGAUAAAGAGCUCAUAGCUGAAGUCAUGCUCUUUUCACAAGGCUUCAAACAAGCAAAAUCCCUUUCCAGACAAACCGUACCUUUCUUCGAUCAUUGUGCCAGCCGCCUUUCAAAGCAAGCCCACUAUGAUUUCGGCCUUCGUGCUUUGAAGAGCGUUCUAGUCAGCUCGGGUGGCCUGAAGCGACUAAGACUCGCAAAUUCAGAUGGAGAUAUUGGGCCGGAUGAAUACAUUGAACCACAGAUUAUUGUUCAAAGUAUCCGGGAGACAAUUGCACCAAAACUCAUUCGGGAAGACGUUGAAACUCUGUUAGAGAUUCAGGCUAGUGAUUUUCCCGGAGUUGAAUACGUCCCAGCAAACUUUGAGAAACUUACUCAAGCUAUUAAAGAUAUUGCUGCUGAAAACCAUUACGUUGCCUCAGAUAUUUGGAUCGCCAAAAUCCUGCAGUUAUAUCAGAUUCAGGGCAUUCAUCAUGGUGUGAUGAUGGUGGGAAGCUCCGGAGCUGGUAAGAGUGCGGCAUGGAAAGUUCUCCUGCAGGCUCUUCAACGGGCUGAAGGGGUAGAAGGUGUUUCCCAUAUCAUUGACUCUAAAGUUAUGUCUAAAGAAGCUUUAUAUGGAAACCUCGACAAUACCACUCGUGAAUGGACAGACGGUCUUUUCACAGGGAUUCUCCGAAAAGUUGUGGACAAUCUUCGCGGUGAGGAUUCAAAGCGUCACUGGAUUGUGUUCGAUGGUGAUGUAGACCCCGAAUGGGUUGAAAAUCUCAACAGUGUUCUGGACGAUAAUAAGCUCCUUACUCUACCCAAUGGCGAGCGGUUAAACCUUCCUCCAAAUGUUAGAGUUAUGUUCGAGGUCGAGAAUCUCAAGUAUGCCACCCUCGCUACUGUAAGUCGCUGUGGUAUGGUAUGGUUCAAUGAUGACACUGUGACCUCAACUAUGAUGAUCACAAACUACGUUGAGUCGCUCAAGGAGAAAAUAUUUGAAGACUUAGAUGAUGACAGUGUUCCUGCUGGACAGUCUUCCGCAAAAACUAUGGCAACUCAAGGUGCCAUUGCAACAUUCCUUGGAGAGCUCCUAUCAAGGGACAAUGUUAUACUCAAUGCUCUGCAAGAGGCUAGGAAAUACACACAUAUCAUGGAAUACAGUGAUAUUCGGGCCCUCGGCACUUUGUUCAGCUUGCUAAACAAAGCUUGUCGUAAUAUCCUAGAGUAUAACAUCCAACACGUCGACUUCCCCUUAGAACCUGAGCAAACAGAGUCUUACAUGUCGAAAAAGCUUCUUCUAGCCCUUGUGUGGUCACUCACUGGUGAUUGUCCUCUUGGUGAGAGGAAACAAUUUGGUGAAUAUGUGGUUGCUUUCUCUUCUACCGAUACUCCUCUGCUAGGUGAUUCUGCAUCAUUGAUUGAUUAUGAUGUUUCACUACCCAAGGCUGAAUGGAUCCCAUGGCAGUCUCAAGUACCUUCCAUUGAGAUCAAUACUCACUCAGUCACACAAACAGAUGUCAUCAUCCCAACCCUGGAUACUGUUCGUCACGAAGAUGUUCUCUAUUCCUGGCUUGCGGAGCAUAAGCCGCUUCUUCUUUGUGGUCCACCAGGUUCUGGAAAGACAAUGACUUUGUUCUCAGCCUUGAGGAAAUUACCGAAUAUGGAGGUUGUUGGCCUCAACUUUUCCAGUGCUACAACCCCCGACUUGCUUAUCAAAACGUUCGAACAGUACUGUGAAUAUAAGAAGACACUAAAUGGCGUGGUGAUGUCUCCUAGCCAAAUUGGCCGCUGGCUCGUCAUCUUCUGUGAUGAAAUAAAUCUUCCAGCUCGCGACCAAUAUGGAACUCAGCGUGCAAUCUCAUUCUUGAGGCAACUAGUAGAACAGAAUGGUUUCUGGAGAACCUCGGACAAGACAUGGAUUACUCUCGAUAGAAUCCAGUUUGUCGGUGCGUGUAACCCUCCAACCGAUGCAGGCCGAACACCUUUGGGUGAGCGGUUCCUCCGCCACGCACCAUUGGUUAUGGUUGACUAUCCCGGCGAAAUAUCCUUGUUGCAGAUUUACGGUACAUUCAACUCUGCAGUUCUCAAAAUCAUACCAAUGCUCCGUGGAUACUCUGAGGCCCUUACAAAAGCUAUGGUGCAAUUCUACUUAGAAUCCCAAGCUAGAUUCACCACCAAGAUCCAACCACAUUAUGUUUAUUCCCCGCGAGAAUUGACCAGAUGGGUCCGUGGUGUAUAUGAAGCAAUAAAGCCGCUUGAAAACCUUUCCAUCGAGGGUUUGGUCAGAAUUUGGGCACAUGAGGCCCUGCGGCUAUUCCAGGAUCGACUCGUGGACGAAAGUGAGCAACAGUGGACUGCUGAGUCAGUCAAACGGAUCGCCCUGGAGCAUUUCCCCAAUAUUGAUGAAGUUGCUGCUCUGAGCUCACCAAUUCUGUUCUCGAACUGGUUAUCUAAAAACUAUGUUCCUGUGGAGCAAGAACAACUACGAGAUUUUGUCAAGGCGCGAUUACGCACGUUCUGUGAGGAAGAGGUCGACGUUCCUCUCGUACUUUUCAAUGACGUCUUGGAGCACGCUCUGCGUAUCGACAGAGUAUUCCGCCAGCCCCAGGGACAUCUUAUCUUGAUCGGAGUAAGCGGUAGUGGCAAGACUACAUUGUCUCGGUUUGUUGCCUGGAUGAAUGGCCUCAAAGUCUUUCAGAUCAAAGUGCACGGGAAAUAUUCCGGUGAGGACUUCGACGAAGAUCUCAGAAGUGUUCUUCGUAGGGCAGGAUGCAAAGGCGAGAAGAUUUGUUUCAUCAUGGAUGAGGCCAAUGUGUUGGAUUCCGGGUUUUUGGAGCGGAUGAACACCCUUCUUGCAAACGCCGAAGUCCCUGGUCUGUUUGAAGGUGACGAAUUUGCUUCCCUGAUGACGGCUUGUAAGGAGGGCGCCCAACGACAAGGCCUACUCCUUGAUUCUCAGGAGGAGCUUUAUAAGUGGUUCACCCAACAAAUUGUCAAUAACCUUCAUGUCGUCUUUACUAUGAACCCCCCUGAAGACGGUCUAUCAUCUAAAGCGGCGACCAGCCCCGCUCUCUUCAACAGAUGCGUGCUCAACUGGAUGGGAGAUUGGUCAGACCAAGCCUUAUACCAAGUUGGAUACGAACUCACUCAGUCUGUCGACCUUGACAAGCCGAACUUUAUUGCUCCAGAUAGCAUACCAGUUGCAUACCGUGGUCUUUCCCUCCCUGCAUCUCACCGCGACACUGUGGUCAAUGCGAUGGUUUAUGUUCACUAUUCGUUGCAUAGGUUCAACCAACGACUCCAAAAACAGCAGGACAAGUCAACGUACCUUACCCCUCGUCACUAUCUUGAUUUUGUGGCGCACUACGUUAAGCUCUUUAAUGAAAAACGUGAGGAUCUCGAAGAGCAACAGAGACAUCUCAACGUGGGUCUAGAAAAACUUCGGGACACCGUUGACAAAGUGCGGGAUCUAAGGGCUAGCUUGGCUCAAAAGAAGAAUCAGCUUGAAAAGAAAGAUGCUGAGGCUAACGAAAAACUUCAACGAAUGGUUGCUGACCAACGGGAGGCCGAACAGCGUAAAUCGGCAUCACUCGAAAUCCAGACAGCAUUGGAGAAGCAAGAGAAGGAGGUUGCUAGUCGGAAAGAAAUUGUGCUUAAUGAUCUUGCUAAUGCCGAACCAGCAGUUCUCGAGGCACAGAAGAGCGUCAGCAACAUUAAAAAGCAACACCUGACUGAAGUGAGAUCGAUGAGCAAUCCUCCAUCCGGUGUUAGGCUGGCGCUUGAAUCAGUGUGUGCACUCCUAGGUCAUAAAGUGGAGAGCUGGAAAACAAUUCAAGGCAUCGUUCGCAAGGACGAUUUCAUUGCAAGCAUCGUCAAUUAUGACAAUGAAAGGCAAAUGACCCGUCAGCUGAGGGCAAAGAUGUUGAAUGAGUUCCUUUCCAAAGAAGAAUUUUCGUUCGAGCGCGUCAAUCAUGCCAGCAAGGCUUGUGGACCUUUAGUACAAUGGGUACAGGCUCAAGUUCAUUACUCUUCGAUUUUAGAUCGUGUCGGGCCACUUAGAGAAGAAGUUGGCCAAUUGGAGGAACAGGCAUUGCAGACUAAGGCGGAAGCUCAGGCAAUUGAAAACACAAUAAAUGACCUUGAGAACAGCAUUGCAACCUACAAGGUCGAAUACGCCGCACUCAUUAGUGAGACACAAGCCAUCAAGAGCGAGAUGUCCCGGGUUGAGUUCAAGGUUGACAGAAGUGUUCGUCUGCUUGACAGCUUAUCUUCUGAACGGUCUAGGUGGGAAGAGGGUAGCAAGACGUUCGAGACGCAAAUAUCAACCCUUGUCGGCGAUGUUCUCAUUGCAGCAGCAUUCCUUGCAUACGGUGGUCUUUACGAUCAACAAUUCAGAAAGGCGAUGAUUGACGACUGGAUGCAUCAUUUAUCUCAGUCGAACAUCGACUUGAAACCACACAACCCAGUAACAGAGUACUUGUCAAAUGCGGACGAGAGACUCUCAUGGCAGGGCAAUUCACUCCCUGUUGACGAUUUGUGCACAGAGAAUGCUAUUAUCCUGAACCGAUUCAACAGAUACCCUCUUAUCAUUGAUCCCUCUGGCCGUGUUACGGAGUUCCUAGAGAAGGAGAACAGAGAUCGAAAGCUUACCGUAACCAGCUUCUUGGAUGAUUCCUUUGUCAAACAGCUCGAGAGUGCUCUUAGAUUUGGCAACCCAAUACUCAUUCAAGAUGCAGAGCACUUAGACCCAAUUCUUAAUCAUGUUCUCAAUAAGGAGUACCAGAAAACUGGUGGUCGUGUGCUCAUACAACUGGGCAAGCAAGAAAUCGAUUUCUCGCCGUCUUUCAAAUUAUUCCUCUCCACUCGUGAUCCUUCUGCCUCAUUUCCACCGGACAUCUGUAGUCGAACGACAUUUGUCAACUUUACAGUUACUCAAAGCAGCUUGCAAACACAAUCUCUUAAUGAAGUGUUGAAAUCCGAACGUCCAGAUGUUGACGAACGUCGCACGAACCUCAUCAAGGUGCAAGGCGAGUUCAAGAUCCAUCUUCGCCAACUAGAAAAGAAACUACUCCAGGCGCUAAACGAAUCUCGUGGAAACAUUCUUGAUGAUGACAAUGUCAUUGAAACGCUUGAAACACUUAAGAAAGAAGCUUGGGAAAUUUCCAACAAGAUGGUUGAGACUGAGGGAGUGAUGGCAGAGGUUGACAAUAUCACACUGCAAUACAACAUCAUCGCAAGAUCGUGUAGCGCCGUUUUUGCAGUCCUUGAACAGCUUCACCACCUUAAUCACUUCUACCAAUUUUCUCUUCAAUACUUUGUUGAUAUUUUCAACGAUGUCCUUCACAAUAACAAGAGGCUGGCGCAGGAGCGCGAUUAUACUGUACGAGUCAACAUAAUACUACGCGAUCUCUUUAUUGCAGCCUUCCAACGGACGUCACUUGGAUUGCUCCAAAAGGACCGCGUGACUUUGGCCGUCCUUCUUGCCCAAGCGUCUCCAUACCCGAUGGACAAGGGAUUGAUAGAUAUGAUACUGGAUACCACUGUCGAGGGCUGUGAUGUGUCUACAGAUGGCAACCUCAGAGAACCUGCAAUGUCAGCACUCGCCCAGAUGUCGGUAUUUAAGUCAAGUUUGCCAAAUAUUUCGGCUGAACAAUGGGAGUUGUUCCUUUCGGAAGAAUUCGCAGAAAACUUCGUUCCCAACGUUUGGGAGGAGGGGACAAGCCAGCUUGACCAACAAUUACGAUCCUUGCUGCUUGUUAAACUUCUACGUCUUGAUCGAUUUGUGCCGGCUGCUGAGCGAUUUGUUGUGACUGUAUUCGGUAAAGGCUUACUUGAUGACAAUGGUGAUCUGAAGGAGGUUGUUGAGCAGGUAACUUCAACCACCCCGAUUGCCCUUAGUUCAAGCCCCGGCUUCGAUGCAAGUUACAAAGUCGACGGCCUUGUCGAAAGAACACACAGAAACUGUGCCAACAUUGCCAUGGGUUCGAACGAAGGACUUGAAAGCGCAGAUAAGGCUAUUAGCAACGCAGCAGCAACAGGAAGCUGGGUUCUUGUCAAGAACGUCCAUCUGGCCCCUUCGUGGCUUCAGAGUCUCGAAAAACGUCUGGAAUCGCUUAAGCCACACAAGGACUUCAGACUCUUCCUGUCUAUGGAGUCAAGCCCAAAGAUUCCAGUUAACUUGAUUCGAGCAUCAAGAGUGUUGAUGUAUGAACAGCCAGCUGGUGUUCGUGCAAAUGUGAAGGAUUCCCUGUCAUCUCUGAGCCUAAGGGCAACCAGUCCACCUGUCGAGAAAGCACGACUGUACCUUCUGCUCUCGUUCCUCCACGCAGUUAUUCAAGAACGACUACGGUAUGCACCAAGUCUAGGAUGGAAGGGCUUCUGGGAGUUCAAUGAUAGUGAUUACGAAUGCUCUGCAUUUAUCAUUGAUACCUGGGUUGCGUCAAUCGCCCAGGGUCGCUCAAAUGUCGCCCCACAGAAGAUUCCUUGGGACCUGAUCCGGACGUUGAUCACAGAAACGUAUGGUGGAAAGAUCGACGAUGCUGGGGACUUUGCACUCCUUGCCAAGCUCGUCGAUACGUUCCUGACUCCCGCAGCGUUCGAGGACGACCAUAAACUCGUUCCCGACGUGGAAAACGACGAGGCUCUUAUCCUACCAACAUCUACGGGCAUCCAGGACUUCCUUGCAUGGGUGAAUCGACUACCCGAGCGAGAGCCACCUACAUACCUUGGCCUACCUGCCAACGCUGAAAAACUACUUCUGGUCGGCCAUGGAAAGAGGAUGAUCUCGAAUCUGUCAAAGAUCACCACUCUUCUUGACGAAGGCGAACAACUAAUGGUCGAAACAGCUGCCAUCUAG